UGCAUCCGCUUUCGCGGCUUGACUAUUCACUUGGCUUGGACUGGCUCCGAGCUCCAUCUGCCCCGCAGUGUUCUUCCGCGUCUACUACUACUACUACCCCUCCGUUGAGUUCUACUACGAUUACGACUACACCACGAGCUCCCUUUGCCGCACACGACAGGACUUGCUCUGCUCCAUACUCGAACGAGGAAGAGAGAUACGACAAGUCUUUCUACAAUUCGGGCACCCAGCGCAGCAUGACUUUGGCAGACGAGGCAAGGCGGGUCGCCGCAGAGUUUGAGUACUCCAAGGACGAUGUUAACAAAGCUGUCAAGGAGUUUAUACGUGAGAUGGACGAAGGCUUGACGAAGGAUGGUACAGAGCUCAGUCAGAUCCCUACAUAUGUCACUGCCGUACCCAAUGGCACUGAGAAGGGGCUGUAUAUGGCCGUCGACCUGGGCGGUACCAACUUCCGCGUCUGCUCGAUUCAGCUGCAUGGGAACACGACCUUCUCCCUGACGCAGUCAAAGGUUGCCAUACCCAAGGAAUUGAUGGUAGCCAAGACAGCAAAAGAGCUCUUCGCCUUCCUCGCCAAGCAGAUUGAAAAGUUCCUCCAGACUCAUCAUGCCGAACACUACCAAGGCUUCGUCCGGCGUCGGAAGACCAUAUCCAACGACGAGGGGUUCAGAGAAGAAGAGGUCUUCAAUCUAGGCUUCACCUUCUCCUUUCCUGUCAAUCAGAUUGGCAUCAACAAGGGCCUGCUUAUGCGCUGGACAAAGGGCUUCGACAUUAACGACGCAAUCGGCAAAGACGUCUGCGCCCUCCUCCAAGACGAAAUCGACGCCCUGCACCUCCCCGUCCGCGUAGCUGCUCUCGUCAACGACACCGUCGGCACCCUCAUGGCCCGCUCCUACACCUCCCCCGGCAAAAAGGGCACCCUCCUCGGCGCCAUCUUCGGCACCGGCACCAACGGCGCCUACGUCGAGAAGCUCUCCAAAGUCACCAAGCUGGCCGCCUCCUCCUCCGCCGCCGACGCCUCCACAACCAACACCACCGGCAACAUGAUCGUCAACACCGAAUGGGGCUCCUUCGACAACACCCUCAAAGUCCUCCCCAACACCCCCUACGACGCCGCCCUCGACGCCGACUCCAACAACCCAGGCAUCCAAAUGUUCGAAAAGCGCGUCUCAGGCAUGUUCCUCGGCGAAAUCCUGCGCCGCGCCCUCGUCGCCCUGCUCAACAACCCGGCCGUCCCCCUCUUCGCAGACGACACCAGCGCCGCAAACGAACUCCACUCCACCACAAACGUCGACGAGUCCUCCCCGCUGUUUACGCGCUGGGGCCUGGACUCGAGCUUUCUGAGCACGGCCCAUGGCGACGCGAGUCUGGGGCUGCGGAUGACGCGCCAGGCGCUCGAUCGGGAUCUCGCUGUUAGUGCCGCCAGCGAGGAGGAUGCUGCGGCCGUUAAGCUGAUUGCCGCGGCGAUUGGCAGGCGUGCCGCCCGGCUUGCUGCCGUUGCGAUUGCGGCUGUGGUGCUUAAUACCGGUGCGCUGGAUGCUGCUGCUGCUGCUGCUGCUACUGGCCCUCCUACUACUACUACAACUACUACUACCACAACAACUACUACUAGCCAGGAAGAGGAAGCAGGCGACGAAAUCGACGUGGGUGUCGACGGCAGCCUAGUCGAGUUCUACCCAGGCUUCGAGGAGUAUAUCCGCGAGGCGUUCCGCGAGAUUGACGGGAUUGGCGCGGCGGGCGAGCGGAGGAUUCGCAUUGGGAUUGCCAAGGAUGGGAGUGGGGUGGGCGCGGCGUUGAUUGCGCUUGUUGCUGGGCAGGUGGCUGGUGGAGAAGAAGGCGAAUGAUGAUGAUGAUGAUGGGGAUGAUUGAGUUGAUUGAUUGAUUGAUUCAGUGAUUGAUUGAUUGAUUGAUUCAUUGAUUGAUUGAUUGAGAGAAGGAGGGAGAGAGGGUUUGAGAGAGGAGGACCGUGUGGGAAGGGUUUGGGGGGGAGGG